AUGCCCGGUGCCUCCGACGCCCUGGUCACCGCCUUCCGGACCUGGAUCCAGAAAAUGGCUGGGGGCGGGCCCUUCGGAGCCCAGGACGAGGGCUGGCUGGCACGGGCGGGCCCCCGCCUGGGUCAAACCCAGCUGCUGGACCACUGGGAGUCGCACUGCUCGCGCUGCGAGAGCUGCCGCACCGCGGAGCAGCGCCUGAAGGUGGUCCGGGGGGUGGCGGCCGCGCUGGGCGCGCUGUGUGGCUUGGCCACGCUGGUGGUGGGCGGGCUGGCCUGCGUUGGGGCCAUCGACGGCAUCGUCUCCACCUUCUCCUCAACCUCCCUGGCCGCCGUGGCGGGGGUGACGGGCAUGUUCUGCGCCGCCAUGGGCCUCCUCGUGGCCUGGACCACCAACGUCCUGGGCAGGUUCCACCUGGGGCGGCACCCGCUGCCGCGCAACCUCGUCCCGGGCGAGUGGCAGGCGGCGGUCUGA